AUAAAAUUAGAAAAAUAAUUCCGUAGUAGAAAUUUUUAUGGUUCAAAAUUAUUGUCAAUAAAUUAUACCAUUUUUAUUUGUUCUUAUUUUCGACUAAUAUGAAAAAUGAGUCGCGUAAGGAACGACGGUUGUGUUCCAUAUUUAAAAUCAGAAGGGACGUUUUUGAAACCCAUUCCCACAAGAGAAGGCUUUGUUCAGGGCAAAAGUUGGUACACAGGAUUAACCCCCUAUGAGCGAUUGUUCUCUCAUCACACAUUAGCCAGUGCAAGACAGUUUGGACCUUUCGUACCACACAAGGGCCUCAUACCCCAAGAUGAUUUGGAUUUUGUAAUGGUAGCAACAUACGACCAUAGUUUUGAUACAUUUCAAGAUAGAGUAGAUACAGUGCUCCAGCCCGAAACUAGAGGAAUAAACACGUGGAGAAGACUACGAAACACAAGAGAUGUCCAACCACCCCGUGAGGCGAGAAUUGCUAGUUCGGAAGAAGCAGCUAAUAGAUACAAUUCGUUCCAUCCAGUAUUAAUAGGUGGUAUAAAAGAAAGAGAGCAUCCCCAUCACAUAAAACUCAUGAAUUCAUCUCACCAUUCACCCCAAACAAUUGCAGGAUAUGUUAGGCAAGAUAGGGACGGUUCCCUAUUCCAAUAUUAAAGUUAUUUUUAACAUUUCUAUCGUCUUGUUUACAAUCUAAAUAAGACAUAUUAAUUGUUAUUAUUAAUUAAGGCACAAAAUGUGAUAAUUGAUUGAAAUUGUU